AUUUUGAAUGACAACUGCAUUAUAACUAUAUGUAAAGCAAUAGAAAAAUCAAAUAAAUAUGAACUCAAACGCCGUGUCCUACAAAUGACAGGCCGUGUUGUGUGUUGUCGACCGGCCAUCACAUCGACGGGCCUCACGAUCGGUCGUCACUCAACUCCUUAAGGACGGCAGUCAUCGCACCGAUAGCUGUCAUUUUUUUUGGCUAACUGUUCAAAUCAAUUAUAAUUUUGUUAAUAUAUCAGCCAAUCGGUGUCGCAAUUUAGUGACCAUUUAGUGGUCAUCUCGUUGUUUAUAUAACAACACCGGUAUCAAGCAAUUAGCCGAAGUAUAUUCAACACAGACAAACAAUGGCCGCCUCUAUGUUGGAUGAACCGGUCGAUCAGCAAUUGGUUGCCAACAAUCAGUGCGAAAAUGAUGGCAACUUUGCAGUCAUUUGUUCCUUCUUUCACAAGUUUGGCGAACCAUUGGGUAUCACAUACAACAUACAGCACUUGAAAGAUAUGAUUGAAGACAAUGAUCACCUUAACGAAGAGUUGGUUGAGCUGCACAUCAAGUUGUUGAGGAAACGACGAAAAUAUAUUAACAAAGAUAAGUGGGAACGGGCUUUAGUCAAGUUUUGUGCCGAGUAUUCAAACGUCGACUCCUGGGAACUGGAAAGGUAUGGCUACAAGAAUAGCAAACUGUCCAUCAAAUUGGAGUUAUUAAAGCGCUUACUUGAGGCUCAAUUUGACUACAACUCUAAGUUUAAACUUGAGGUUAAUGCCAAUGACGCGGCAUCGCUGAGGUUAUUACCGAUUGGACGCGACAUCAAUGGUUUCAUGUAUUGGUAUCAAUUAGACUUAGACUACAACUUUAGGAUCUAUAAGGAAGAGGCUGAAGAUGAAGAGUCUUGGUCUUUGGUUUGCCAAAAUAAGAAACAAUUAGAAGAAUUGAUUACAAAUCUCGAAGCAAACAAUACUAUUGGGUCACCUAAAGAAGAGACUUCUUCGUUGAGCGACACAAAUGAUGACAAUAGUAAUCUCAACAGCAAAUUGUCGAGUUGUCUGAAACAGGAGUCCAACUCUAAUUCAGUCGAUUUAUUAGACAUCGAGUUAGAACAGAAGCAAAAGAUAAAAACAAAGAUUAUGUUAAAUAUUAAAAACGAUGACAUCGUUGACGAUGUAAUGAAAAUAUGUCAAGAAAUGUGUAGUGAAAUGUGUGAUGAAAUUGAGUCGAGUUUUUGUGAGUCCAAGAAUGAGCUUAAAACUGAGAUAAAGAAAGAACCAAUUGAUGACCAAAUCAAUGAUACACUUCAUGAAAGUUAUGUGUUUGGUGUUAAACAGGAACUGACAGAUAAUGAUAAUAAAUGUAAAGUCAGUAGAAGUGAUGAUAAUGAUAACAACAACAAUGGCAAACGUAUUGUCGAAAAUGGUUUGCCGACAACUGAACUUAAUAUUAAACCAAAUUUGAUGACAAAAUUGGACACAAAAUGUUCAUCAAAUCAACUAAACGAAAAUACUGUGAAUUGUGAGUUAAAAUUAAAUACUGUUAACGAAACCAAACAACUGUUGUCCAUCACAGAGAAGUCCUCUAUUUUUACAGACAAUUUAAGUGAACUUAAAAUGAAUGGCUUUGAUGGACAUAAUGUUUGUUUAAGUAAUAAGAAAAAUGAUAAAAAUAGAGAAACAGAUUCUUAUUUUAAUAAUAAUAAUAAUAAUUUAGAUGUAGAUAUUGAUAGACUAAAAUCUCAAUUGGAUUGUGAUGUUAAGCUUGUGAUGGACGACAUUAUCGGCAAAGUGUCAGACAAUUUGUGUGCAGUUUCAGUGCAAUCAACGGCUACUAAACGUCUCUCUUCACUAAACAAAUCUUUAUUAACGACAGGCGGCGGCCACUCAUCAUCCGGUGCUAUAACUGACAUGACAUUGCUUUCAAUUGAACAGACAGUUUCGGUUUUGUGCGACUUUUUAGUUGACGAAGUUUGCAGAACUUCUGACGAUAGAGAAGAGACGACCUCAACAUUCAGAGGUAGAGGAAGAAUAAGGGGUCGCGGACUCAGUAGAGGACGUGGUAGAGGUCGAGGUAGAGGAGCGUCGACCACUUCUGCACACAAAUCUAAUACUACGAAGAUUACUACAACAACGACAACGAGAUCAGCAACUGGUAGGAGAAGAAAGAGAAGUCAAUCGUCGGAAAAGACCGAAAGUAGAGAAAGAGAUAACGAUUUUGAAGAACCAAUGCUAAACAAGAGGGCCAGUCGUCGAAUAGCAGCUCUGCAAGAGAAGAAGGCGCAACAAAUGUCGGAACAAGUGAAGCGCGAACAGCAAAAGAUCGAGGAAUUGGCCAAAAAACGAACGGCACAAUUGAGUGCACUCAGAGAAGAACAGUUAGCUAAUACGGGACCCAACAAAAAAAGAUCUAAAAAGAUAAUUGAGAAGAAGGGAUGUCUCGAUACUUCCUCUUCUAGCGAUGAAGAUCACAUUGAAGAAGAAGAAGAAGAAGAUGAUGAUGACGAUGAUUCGGAUGCCUCGGAAGAUAAGAAACACAAGAAAAGAAGAGGUCGUAAAAGGAAACGAAAACACGGCCCCAAUUCGCGGCCGUGGGAAGAGAGCGACUCUUCAAACAAAUCUGAUGAGUCUCAAGAAGAUGAAGAAGAGCACGAAGACGAAGAAGAAGAAGUACUAAAGUUUGAAGACAAUGAAGACGAGUUUGCGUGCGAAGAGUUCGAUCCCGACGCCGAACCUGUUGUUGUACGACGCGCUCGGACUGUCAAAAAAGUCCGUUCGGUCAGUCCUGACGAUAACGAGCCAAGCAGUGAAUCAGAAGUCGAAAAUGAUGACAAACCGUGUGGUCGGUGCGGGAAAUAUGAUCACCCGGAAUGGAUACUUUUAUGUGAUAAAUGUGACGAAGGAUUUCAUACGGCAUGUCUUCGUCCGCCAUUACUUAUGAUACCAGACGGCGACUGGUAUUGUCCACCGUGUGAACACAAAAUGUUGUGUCAAAAAUUACACGAAGAAUUGGCCACAAUAUCUGUUCAUUGGGUGAAAAAAGAAAGAGAAGAACUACGCAGACAACGACUUAAAUAUGUGGCCAUUAGUGUAGAUAACAUAUUGAAGAAUUCGGGUCCAAGAAAUUUAAAGAAUGAAACGGAACAGACCGACGAUUUGAUUAAUGAUGGAGAAAAUGAUGAUAAUGUUAAUGAAAAUGACGAAAUUGAUGACAAAAGUAGUAAUAAAAAGAAGAGUAAAAAUCGUCGACGAAUAUACAACAGUGACGAUGAAGAUGAUGAAGAAAAUAGUGAUGAUGUUGACGAUGAUGAGGAUAGCGAUCGUGAAGACGAUAUUGGAAGAGCUCUUUGGUCAGAUGAGUCAGAAGACGAAGUGGACAAAUAUGCGGCCAUCAAAUCGCGCCGUAAUAGGAAUCGCAAAAAUAUUAACUAUAAAUUUCAAGAGUUUGACGAAUUAAUAAAGUCGGCGAUUGAAUUGGAAAUUGAUGGUGACUUCGAUGUCGAUGAUGUCGAUGAUGUCGAUGAUGUCGACACAGAAGCUACUGGUGUUAUGCAAAGCAAAGGCAAAGACAUGUCUAAUAUAAUCGCCAGUAAUAAGGGAGAAGAACUUGACUUUAGUUUGACUCCAAUUGAAGAAAAAACUGGAGAACCAAAAGCUGACGAACAAACAACAGCUGUUGAAGAAAAGGCCGGUAAUGAUAUGACUGACGAGCAAAAGACAAUUGUUAAGAAUGAUGUUGAAGAAGAAGAAGAAGAAGACGACGAUGAGGAAGAACAUCAGAAAGAAGAAUCUGAUGAAAAAACUAAAUCUAAAAGUGGCUCAAAAAAGAAUAAAAAACGAAGAAGAGAUUCAUCAGCAGCUGCUCGUAAACGACAUCGAGGUCUUAAUGAUUUGUCAGACACUACUGAAGAUGAUGACUACGGCGAUGAGGACUUUAAAGGUGAUGACUCUGACGCUACAGAAUUAGAAGCGUCAGAUGAAGAGUUUGUUGAUGACGAAGAAACUGACGACGACAUGUCUGAUGCUUCCGAUUAUAAGCCUCGACGGCGUUCAACGAGAUAUUCUAGCAGUAAAUCAAAGAGUAAAUCCAAAAAUAAAAGUCGGCAGAAAAAUAUUGGCCGAAGAGGUUAUAGAAGAGAUGCGUUUGUUGUUAGCAGUGAUGAUAGUGAUGGCAGCUAUCGACCGGGCGGUCGUUCAAAAGCUCGAUCGGCGGCCAGAAAAAGGGUUUGUUAUAAGGAGGAGACUUCAGAAAGUGACGAAAGCGAUAACAAGUAUUAUAAACCGGCCAACACUAAGAAGAAAACAAAAUUCGAUUCUGAAAGCAGUGAAGAGGAAUGGGGACAACCAAAAGAGUCGAAGACCUCCAAAGCUGAGAGGAAAUUGAAAAAACUUUGGGCAGAAAGUGAUGAUGAAGAGGAAGAAGACGAAGAAGUAGACGAGGAAAACGAGGACAAUGAAGAUGAAAGUGAAGACGAAAUUAAACCAAAAGAUAAAGUUUUGCCUCAAAAAUCAUCUAAAGAUAAUACUGACCAACAAUUAACUAUGAAAGGAAAACCACGACUUUCAAAGGCAAAAGGUUUGGCAAAUCUGAAAGAAGAAUCCGAUGAAGAGGUAGACGAAGAAGAAGAUGAGGAAGAAUUUAAAGAUGAAAGUGAUUUUAAUGCUAAAAAAUUAUCGAAAAACAGUAAAAAAUCUAAAGAUGUUAUUCAAGAAAAUGAAAAAUCAAUGAUUAAAGUUAAUGAUAAAUGUAGUGAACUGUUAGGUGAUAGUAAUAAUAAAACAAUUCUUAGUGAGACAAUCAUGUCUACUGUUGUUGACAAUCAAGUGAACGCUAAUGUUGUAUCAUUACCGCCACCACCGCCUCUAUUAGUUAACAAAGAUAGUCAUUAUUUGUCAACACCAGUAGUGCCCAAUUCAGCAACAACUGCUAUAGUAUCACAUAUGGUGUCACCAAAUAUUACACAAUUACAAAAUAGUUAUCCACCAAAUACUGUUCCCAUUGAUGGCAACUAUAACAAGAAUCCAAAUAAUUUAGACUAUUAUUCAGUGCCACCGAUGGAAGCAUACUCAGCCUCACGGCCACCACCAUUGAAACCCGCGUCUGUCAACGAACCCUAUAUUCAACAGUCGAGUCCACCGAGAAUUAUGACAUUAGACUCAAACCCCAGUGGUUAUCCACCGAGACAUCCAAUACAUGACUAUACACGACCUCCUAUUGGACAUUCAUUACAAACGCCUAAAGGUGUUAUAGAUCAUCGAAUGGAAAGACCAUAUUUGGGACAUAAUAUUCCACCAAAUGUUGGCCCAAUGCCACCAUAUGCUGGCCAUCCUCCACAUGCUGCUCAUCCCCCACAUGCUGCCCAUCCUCCACCUCAUCUUAACGAACAAAGACCACCUGGAUCAGCCACACAUGGUUUUCCAGGUCAUUUUUAUCCACAAGUUGCAGAAGCUGCUCAUCCAUAUUACGCUCGACCACCAGCGCCUGUUUCUACAGCUCAUGAAGCACCUCCAUUUGCAUCUCCACAUGUUAGACAACCAAUUAGUAGUGCACCACCAAACACAACUGGUCCAUCACAGCCACCGCGCACAUCAGCCCCCGUAACCAGUCCAGCAAUAUCUGGUCAAACACCACCAAAUUAUAGGCCACUUAGCGGACCUCAUUGGACACAACCCGGUGCCACAAAUCGACCACAUAUGCCUCCUUAUAAUUAUCCGGGACAUCCUGCAGCAAAUCCAUACUAUAGACAGCCAGCACCUGGACAACCAAUUACUGGUCAUCCACAACCACCACCACAUAUGAUGCCAUUACAGCCGUCGCCUUAUCCACCGCCAUAUGGCCAAAACUAUGGCUACUUUGGCCCCAAUGCCGGUGUGGCCGGCGGACCGAAUGGCGCUUUUAUGAUCCAAAAUUUGUUACAACACAGCAGACCACCGCACGUGCCUGAGGACAGUCAACGUAUACCUGCGACAGCUCCGAUAACUUCGACAGCAGCUGCACCACCAACUAAUACCGGUACCACUUUAACAACAGCACCAGCUAAAACAUCUGGUCGAGGAAGAGGCAGUAGAGGGGGUAGAGGUAGUAGAGGUAGUCGACGAUCACAAGAGUCAAGGCCUCCUCCUUCUCCUAAUAAUAAUAAUAAUACUAAUAAUAAUAAUAAUACUAAUAAUAAUAAGUCAACUACUUAUGUCACACAGAAAUGA